AUGACGGAACGGAAAUGGGUCAAUAGGCUAUCCAAAUCGUUAAAGGGUAAACCUGAUUCACCACUCAUUUACGGAUCCACUUCUGCCUAUUUCGUUCCACCUUUUAAUAUAUCAUUCACUUUGUGGUACGGUACAGCCAUGAAUGGAAAUGGUGGAUCAAGAUAUUCGUACCACUGUGUGGAUUAUCGGGGGAUAAUGAGAGAAAUUUGGGAGCAGCGGGGGAACAGAUCUGAGAUAGCAAACAGUACCAAUGAAUUUAUUCGAGAUUUUUCAGGAAUUGAAAACAAAUUUUACCCAUUGAUCAACAGUCACAUGUCUCCACCUUCUAUACGAAUUGAAUGA